AUGUCUCAAACCCGGUUGAUAGACCUGGUGAAGACACAAUGCCGUAUCUUCUCCCUCAAUUUCAACCCGCAGAGACUCCGAUUAGGAAACAAGGUCCUUAGACAGCGAUUGCGUGGACCUGCCCUCGCAUCAUGGUACCCCAAGCAAGUCGUGUCUUUCCAAGACCUCCAGAACACAUACAAGCCCCUUGGUUUGACGACCUUUGAUGAGGCUGAAGAUGACCGAGAGGAGGCCAUUCAAAUUGCCAAACUCCGUGGAAAGGGCCGACCGAAGAAGAAGCGGACCGCUGCAGAAUCCCGGUCUGCCAAAAAGAAGAGAUAA